GCGGGUGGGGCCCGGCGCUCUCGCCGCCUCUCCCGCUGCGGGCUUCCUCACCGCGGCCUCCGCGGCGGGCCUCGCGCGGCGGGCAAGGGCGUUCUGGGCUUGGGGAGGCUGCUGAGGUUUGAGGACCCGUAAGGUCGCUUUCUCUGGCCAGAGGAAAGGCGCCGAGUCCCGAGGGGGAACUCCAGCGGGAACCACCCUUUAAGGGGAACGAUCCAGAAUGCAGCUCAGAAACUGGGAGUCCCGAGUGGGUAGGGCCGGGUUUCUGCCACUCGGGAGCCCAGUCUAACCAGUCGAAGCUGCCCGGGACAGUAGGAGUUCCGACUCCGAGCGACGGCGGCGGCUGACCAGGCUCCGACGCCCGCCCGCGCAGGCCUGCCGCAGCCCGAAGGCUGCAGGGGUGGGUUUUGUGGACUGAGCGGGAUCCUGGCGAAAGCUGGUGGAGAAGGUUGGAGGGAGGGGCUGAGGCUCCUGCUGGUGUAGAGCGGUCCACAGCUGAAAGCCUUUAGCCUGUCACUUGCUCGGAAUCUAGCUGAGAUAGCAGCUUCCAGGCCAGUUUGCAUAGGGAAGUCCACACCUCCUCCAGCUCAACCAACCCUGCCCCCAAAUCUACCUGACAGCGGCUGAGAACAACCUGCCUCCUGCUGGGACCGGAGGGUGCUGUCAUUAGUCCCAGCCCCGUGAAGAGCUGCUGGGGCUGGGUGGUCAUGGGGGAGGCCGGUAGAGAGGAGUAUAAAAUCCAGUCUUUUGAUGCAGAGACCCAGCAGCUGCUGAAAACAGCACUCAAAGAUCCAGGCGCUGUGGACUUGGAGAAAGUGGCCAAUGUGAUUGUGGACCAUUCUCUGCAGGACCGUGUGUUCAGCAAGGAAGCAGGACGCAUGUGCUACGCCAUCAUCCAGGCAGAGAGUAAGCAAGCAGGCCAGAGUGUCUUCCGGCGUGGACUCCUCAACCGGCUGCAGCAGGAGUACCAGACCCGGGAGCAGUUGAGAGCACGCUCCCUGCAGGGUUGGGUCUGCUAUGUCACCUUUAUCUGCAACAUCUUUGACUACCUGAGGGUGAACAACAUGCCCAUGAUGGCCCUGGUGAACCCUGUCUAUGACUGCCUCUUCCGGCUGGCCCAGCCGGACAGUCUGAAUGAGGAGGAGGAGGUAGACUGCUUGGUGCUGCAGCUGCACCGGGUUGGGGAGCAGCUGGAGAAGAUGAAUGGACAACGCAUGGAUGAGCUCUUUGUCCUGAUCCGGGAUGGCUUCCUGCUCCCAACAGGCCUCAGCUCCCUGGCCCAGCUGCUGCUGCUAGAAAUUAUUGAGUUUCGGGCUGCCGGCUGGAAGACCACCGCUGCUGCCCACAAGUAUUACUACAGUGAGGUUUCUGACUAGUGCAGGCUUGGUACUUGCUCCCUGCAACACUGGCCUUUCCUCAGCCCUCCUUAAGCUGGCAGGCGUCUCUGCCUCUCUCAAAGGCUUUCCCCUCCUAGACUCGCCCACCUUCCCAACUGCACUGUGGUCCUGCCGUGUUCCCCACCUACAGGUUGGGGAGAUACCAAAGACUUGCUCCCCAGACUCAAGUUUGUCCCCUCUUCCCCCAGAGUCCCACCAGCCUUCUACCAUCGUCCACUAGGACCAUGCAGAGAAGGGCAAUGCCUACCGACCAUGCACUGUAUAACCACUGAUGCAACAGUACCUUGUUGCCUCAAUUCCCCAUCUAUAAAAUGGGCAACCAUAGCCAUGGGUUGGCUCAAGAUGCUUCAAGACGCUGAGGGGCAGAGGGAGAGUGCAAAUUAUCCCAGAAACUGCUUUUUCUACAUUUUUAAAAAGGACCACUGUGGAAAGAAGCCUAUUUCCUCCAAUGAGUUUUAAUCGAUGAUACAUCUGUAUCAGAGAGAGGAUUUUCUAAUAAAUCUUCUGAUACUA